AUGGGCCCCUGUACCGCCUCCUCAUGCUGCUGCCAGGCCCCUAAUCUGCCAUGGGCCCCUGUACCGCCUCCUCAUGCUGCUGCCAGGCCCCUAAUCUGCCAUGGGCCCCUAUACCGCCUCCUCAUGCUGCUGCCAGGUCCAGAGUCUCUCAUGGGUCCCUGUACGGCCUCCCAUUGCUGCUGUCUCCAUCGCCACACUCUGCCAUGUGCCACUUUCAGGUCUCCUCACACUGCUGGUGUGUUCCAUUUUUUGUCAUAGGGUGCUGGCAGAUUACGGGCCUCCCAUAGCUGCUGCCAGGCCCCUAAUCUGCCAUGGGCCCCUGUACCGCCUCCUCAUGCUGCUGCCAGGUCCAGAGUCUCUCAUGGGUCCCUGUACGGCCUCCCAUUGCUGCUGUCUCCAUCCAUCGCCACACUCUGCCAUGUGCCACUUUCAGGUCUCCUCACACUGCUGGUGUGUUCAUUUUUUUUGUCAUAGGGUGCUG